AAAAAACCUUUGGCGAGGGAACCUUUCCACGGCGCAGUCAGUGAUAUGGAGCAGGCACCGGUACCAGCACCGCCAGGCGCUGAUAUGGACGCCGCCGUCCUGCUGCUGGGUGCCGGGAUGACGGCCGCCACGCAUCCGCUGCUUUACGUCAAGCUGCUCAUCCAGGUGGGACACGAACCUCUCCCGCCGACCGUAGGCACAACAAUGUUUGGAAGGCGAGUGUUAUACCUGCCCGGCUUCUUCUCUUACGCGCAGCACAUCGUCAAGGUGGACGGGAAGAGGGGGCUGUUCCGCGGCCUGUCACCCCGGAUCGCAUCCAUCGCCAUCUCCACCGUGAUCAGGACCAGAGCUAAAAAGACCGUACCCAAGAAGGACGACGACGAGCAAACGCCUCUGAGGAGAGUCGUGAAAGAGACCUCUCACGAGAUGGUCAUCCAGUGCCUGUCCAAAAUAGCCACGCAUCCUUUUCACGUUAUGUCAGUGCGUUGCAUGGCCCAGUUUGUUGGCAGAGAGGUCAAGUACAGUGGGAUUUUCAGUAGUAUCAGCAGGAUUUUUAAAGAAGAAGGAGUCGCCGGAUUCUACGCUGGUUUAAUGCCUCACAUGCUCGGCGAAGUCCUCUUCUUGUGGUCUUGCAAUCUACUGGCUCACUUUAUUAACACCUACGCUGUAGACGACAGUUUCAGCCAAGCCUCGGCGGUGAGGAGUUACACAAAGUUUGUGAUGGGCUUUGCAGUGAGCAUCUUAACUUACCCGUUCAUGCUGGUGGCUGACGUCAUGGCGGUCAACAACUGUGGUUUGACUGCAGGUCUUCCUCCUCACUCCCCCAUCUUCGCGUCCUGGCUGCACUGCUGGCGUUACCUCAGCCACAAGGGUCUCCUGUUUCGAGGAUCCAGCUUCUUUUCUCGCCGCGUGCCCGUGACGUCCAUUGACUGAUGUCACCGUCAUCGCCGCCACCUACAGGACGUCCAUUUUUUGCAUUGUCCCCCCUUUUGCACGUCGGAUGAGUGGCUAACAUGUCCGCCUCACAGUAAUGAAGUUGGGAGGUUAAAUCAGGGUUCUUGUCUUCCUGUGUGGUGUCUGCAUGUACUUCCUGUGCUAGUCUGGGUUUUCCGUUGUACUCCAGAUUCCUCCCACAUGUUCUGAAAUGUACAUUUUUGGAAAAUGUGAGCGUGAAUAGUUGUCUCAAUGUGCUCUGAUUGGCUGGAAACCAGUUCAGGGUAUAGCCUGCCUCCUGCCCGUUGACAGCUGGGAUAGGCUCCAGCACUUCUGUGACCCUCGUGAGGAUAAGCGGCAAAGAAAAUGAAUGGAUGGAAAAGCUGGAGGUGGCGGCACGGCGGAGCAGCUGUAAAGCGUUGGCCUCACAGUUCUGAGGACCCGGGUAAAAUCCCGGCCCCGCCUGUGUGGAGUUUGCAUGUUCUCCCUGUGCCUGCGUGGGUUUUCUCCCACAUCCCAAAAACGUGUAACAUGAAUUGGACUCUCUAAAUUGCCCCUAGGUGUGAUUGUGAGUGCGGCUGUUUGUCUCCGUGUGCCCUGCGAUUGGCUGGCAACCACUUCCUACCUCCUGCCCAUUGAUAGCUGGGAUAGGCUCCAGCACUUCUGUGACCCUUGUGAGGAUAAGCAGCUAAGAAGAUGGAUGGAAAUGCUGAAGGCCACUUCCAUCAGUUCACAAAGUGGUUGCUCUGAUGUCAGUAUUUUGCAUCACAACAGGUAUAAAAUGUGAUUAAACUUGAUUUUGAAGAAAGCAGAUAGGGACUGUCGCCUGGUUUGCAUGAUGGGGUGAGGAUUUCAUAGGAUUUUGUGAGUUCGUUUCAUGUUCUGAUCAAAUGUCGUACUAUAUGUAUGAGUCAGUGUGUAGUGCUGAUGUACGUCAAAUUAAACGAGCUCCUGUUCUAAAGUCAUACUUUCUAUUCAUUUUUUUUUUUUUUUUUUUACUCUGCAAUGUUCUUUCCCAGUGUACAAUUUGCUGUAUUAGGUGAAACGCUGGUGGAUUUGUUUACUGCAUUGCCCAAAAUAAAACUCAUUUUGAAGAGUGUAGACUUCUUCCAAGA